AUCUACCUCUCCUGCUAUUAAACCGCACUCUCCAGACCAAAACCAACUAUCUCACUCCACACCCACAACCACCAUGGUCAAAGCAAUCAUAGUUCAUCAGCACGGUGGCCCUGAGGCCUUGAAAUAUGAAGAUGUUGAACUUGGAGAACCGAAAGAAGGACAAAUCAGGUUGAAACAUAAAGCAAUUGGUCUGAAUUUCUUAGACGUUUAUAUGCGUAAGGGUCUUUACAACACCUCUCCGCCAUUGCCGUAUACUCCAGGUUUGGAAGGAUCUGGAGUUGUAACAGCCGUCGGUCCCGGAGUAACCACCUGCAAAGUCGGAGAUCUUGUGGCUUACGGUACGUUACCGGUGGGUGCUUAUGCAGAAGAACGAUUACUUCCGGCAGAUCGAGCCGUGCCGGUUCCUUCCGGCGUUGAUGCCGUUCAAGCGGCUUCUGUUAUCUUUAAGGGAUUAACUGCACAAGUCUUGAUCCGUAGCAGUUUUAAGGUUGAACGUGGGCAUACCAUUCUUGUGCAUGCUGCCGCCGGUGGGGUUGGAUCUUUAUUGUGUCAAUGGACAAAUGCCAUCGGAGCUACGGUCAUCGGAACUGUGUCGACCAAAGAGAAGGCUGUUCAGGCGAAAGAAGAUGGAUGUCAUCAUGUGAUUCUUUACAAAGAUGAGAACUUUGUGGAUCGUGUGAUGGAGAUAACUUCCGGCAAAGGGGUGGAUGCAGUCUACGAAUCCAUCGGAAAAGACACCUUCAAAGGGUCAUUUGAGGUCUUAAAGAAGCGUGGAUAUAUGGUGCAAUUUGGGAUGGCUUCAGGUGAACCAGAUCCGAUUCCGUCUUCCACACUUUCUGGCAAAGCGCUCUUCUAUACAUUUUCUGCGAUGGGGGUAUACACCGAGGAAAGGCAUGAACUACUUGCAGCCGCUGAAGAUUUGUUCACGAAUGUAGCAAACGGAGUCUUGAAGAUUCGUGUUAAUCAUAAGUACCCGUUGUCUCAAGCAGCGCAAGCUCAUACCGAUCUCGAGGCUCGAAAAACGACAGGUUCGGUUGUGUUGAUACCGGAUGGGGAGUGAUUAAUUUCAUGGUGUUGGAUGUUUUAGUUUAUUGUGUAAUGUGUUAGAGAUGAAUCCAUCUAUGUUUUCUUUGUGGUAAUCGUUUGUAAUAAUUACCGAUGCAGGUAAAGCGUUGUUAAAUUCAUCUUAUAUUAUUAUUGCUAACACGGGCUAUGUAGUGGUGGUCCGGUCAAGUGGUAUAAAAGCCAAAGAAUUUUAA